CUGGCGGCUAUCUCAAAAUCGGGCAGCACCGCAGAUAAUCAGAGUGGAAUGGAUUCUUGCAGCCGGUAUAAAAGCCACAGUUGAAGGCAUUUCACGUUUUAGUCGCCGAUCAACAACGCGAGCGAACCGCAGAAGUGCCUACAAGAGCUUAAGAACAAAAUACAAGGAAGAUUGUAAAUUUUUCAAACAAAUUUAACAAUUAAUCUCAGCCAUGGGUUUCGAUAGCAACGCGGACAAGCCAAUAAAACCCAGCAGAGUGGGCGCACGUCACGGCCAGGCGAUUCUGCUGUUCGUGGGCAUGAUGAUCAAUUACUUUCAGCGUGUAAAUAUCUCCGCUGCGAUUGUGCCCAUGACUCAAUUGACAGCGGGUGCUCCGUAUUACGAUUGGGAUCUAGCCGAGAAGUCCCUAAUUUUGAGCAGCUUCUUUUGGGGCUACGUGCUGUCCCAGGUGCCGUCAGGCUUGUUGGCGAAACGUUUUGGUGCCAAAUAUGUGAUUAGCUUGGCCACAGCCGCGGGCGGCAUCCUGUGCUUCUUUCAUCCCCUGGCUGCGGAGGGUGGCUGGAUCGAUAUCUGUGUGCUGCGCGUGCUGACCGGCCUGGUCCAGGGCAGUGUUUAUCCAUGUGUGCACACGCUAUUGUCCAAAUGGGUGCCGCGCACAGAGCGUGGCUUUCUCACGACUGGCAUCUAUUCGGGCGCACAGUUUGGCACGGCGGUUAUUCUAGUUAGCAGCGGUGACAUAUUUGAGUCCAGCAUGGGCUGGCCGGGACUCUUUUACAUUUCUGGUGGUCUGAGCCUGGCCUGGGCGCUGCUCUUUCUGUGGCAGGGCGCCAACGAGCCGGCCACAUCACGCAACAUCAGCAAAAUCGAACGCGAAUACAUCGAAAGUCUGACGGGCAGCAAUAACAGCGGUCAGUCCUUGCCUGUGCCUUGGAUGUCCAUCUUCAGUUCGUCGGCCUUCUAUGGUCUGCUGGCCGCCCAUUGCGGCUUCACCUGGGGCUUUUACACGCUGCUCACGGAGAUGCCCACCUAUAUGAGCAAGGUACUCAAACUGAAUGUCAAGUCAAAUGCGCUGCUCUCCUCCUUGCCCUACUUUGCCAUGGGUGUGCUGUGCUUUGUGGUCAGUCCCAUUUCCGAUCUGCUUAUCAAUCGGGGCAGCAUUACGGUUACCACUGCACGUAAGUUGUUCAACUCAAUUGGCCAGUGGGUGCCCAUGGGCUGCCUAAUUGGGCUGGGCUACAUGACCGCCGACGAGAAGAUCGGCGCCAUUGUCCUGCUCACCCUGGCCGUGGGCAUCAAUGCAGCCUGCUUUUGCGGUUACCUCGUUAAUCACAUGGACUUGUCGCCAAACUUUGCUGGUCCCAUGAUGGGCGUCACAAAUGGCCUGGCUGGAGUAACAUCUAUUGUGGCGCCCUUGGUUGUGGGCGCCAUUUUGACGGAUGAGGAGGAUCCUACCCAAUGGCGCAUAGUUUUCUUUAUCACCGGUGGCAUCUACCUGCUAUGCAAUGCGCUCUUCGUACUCCUGGGCAAGGCCACGGUGCAGCCCUGGAACGACCCGCCCAGCGUGUCCAGCACAACGACUCUACGCAACAACUUACAGGUGGAUUCCAGAACCAUAGCACCGAUAGACAGCAAAGAGGAUCGGUUUUGAGUUGUAGUCAUAGAAAGUU